AUGACUUACCUUGCAAGAUUCGGUCCGAUUUUCAUAGUUGUGUUGGGUCAGGUGAUCUGUGGAUGUCCAAACGGCUGGGAAACCUAUAAUAGUUCCUGCUAUUUUGUGUCCGAUGACAGGAAAAACUGGACUGCAGCAUCGGACGCAUGUUCAUCGUUCCACGCCCACCUCGCUGAAGUUGAAGAUGCACAAGAGGACAAUUUCUUGAGGCAAAUGCUUAUACAACUUCAUACUGACCAUCGUGACUUUUGGCUCGGCGGGAAUGACAUAUUUGUGGAAGGAGACUGGAGAUGGUAUGAAAGUGGUCAGUACCUGGGUUACACUAACUGGAACCCGGGCGAGCCAAACAAUCACCACUCCUCUGGCGAGGACUGUUUAGAAGGAUAUCUCACUUAUUCUCAUUCGACUUUCCGAUGGAGAGAUCGACCAUGCAUGAUCAGAAUUUUUUAUAUUUGUGAGAUAAAGGAGAACAGGUUUCAAUGGAUUGAAUUGGGUCGAAAGUGA